AUGCCGACAAGAGUGAAAGCAGAAGGCUUGAAGAAGGGAAUCAUCUUCAACCCCCAUCCUUACAUCAAAUUCAGCAUCCAGACUAGAAGACCGGCCAAAGACCAGCAACAACAGCAACGUACCAACAACCACCACCACCACAACAACAGCCAUCACAGCAACACCCAACAACACCAGCAGCAACGCACAACAAUAGCAGAGAAUACCGUCAUGCCGGCCUGGCAGGGCCAGGAGUUCACCUUCAAUGUGACCCGCGUGGAUGUGCUGGAGAUCGAAGUUAAAGACAAGUUCAACCGGAGCCAUCCGGUCAUAAGCCGAUUCUUGGGCAAGCUUUCUAUCCCGGUUCAACGACUCAUCGAAAAGGUGGCGCUAGGGGAGCACACAGUGACGUACAGCCUGAAUAAGAGGCAUCCGUCAGACCACGUCAGUGGUUAUCUUACCUUCACAGUCAAUAUGGAGGAAGUCCCAGAUGACUCUAUCCCCAAUGGCCACAUGGGAGGUCCCCCAGAGUUUAUCGACAUGACCCGGUCAGCAUCAUUCCCAGUUUCCCUCAGCGUAUCAGGCAAUGCUUCUGUUGAAUCAUCACCACGACAUUCCAUCAUCUCUGAGGAGUUGGAAAAUGCACACAACUCAGUCGCAAGGUCGUCAUCGGCGCCGGCGCAUGCUGUGAACCACCAGAGGGAACCAAAAGCCAUCCAUGUACCACCCAUAGAACCGCCGACACCCACGGACACCAGCAUCGCAGCACCUAUUUGGAAUGAGCAGUGGUCACAGGCCACGCAGGACAUGUCAGAACGGUCGCUGGAUCAAGUUGAGAGCAUCUCCUGUCUGUACUCUCUUCAUGGUGCUGGAGACAGCCCGACAAGGGAACCAUCAACAACAGUUACCACAAGUGGCACCAAUGGUGAGAGUAUACACCGGCCAUUGACGAUUAAUAUACCUGGUGUACAGAAUGCACCGGCUUUAGUGUCUAGUAUUGGUACUCAAGUGACUCCUUCCCCAACAACAAGACCAAUGGUUAGUUUGGCAAGUCCGGAAAUUGAUCAAAGAACUUCACCUGAAGAAAAUCAGGAAGAGAUUAGGGAAAGUGUAGAUAUCAAUAUAACGCCUCCUGAGGAGAGUGCAGAUGUUCCUGCAAGUCCAUUAGAGGCAGCUUCCAGUCACUCGAUCAGUGCACCUAUAACAGUCUCGCGCAGGAGAUCAACAGAUGAUAGUGAAUCAGUUAGAUCUCACCCAUCUCUUAGUCCACGCUCUUCGUUACCGAACAGUUUGUCACGUUCGCCUGAAGGUAGACAUCGUGCCUUGAGCGAUAUCCUGCUGAAGCAGCAGAUCGACGAGGAGGUCCGACGGUUACGGAGCAGGUCAUCUCUAUCAAACUCUGAAUCCUCACCUCACCAAAGCGAACAAAACUCUGAAACAGGAUCCUCGCAAAGCGAUGUUGCCUCACCGAGUACACCUUUCUCAAGUUCAGCCAUUAAAGCCAAUGGUGUGGCAGUCGAGAGGACUUCUGCAGACUCUGCAACAGCGGAACCUGAUGCAGGGUCGGAUAGCGGUCCAAGCAUUAUGCCAAAGGAACCAAGCGUGGUAGACUCUACUGAUGGUGCUGCUAUCUCACAUACUAGGAACAAUAACAACAGCUUAUCGCAAGUAGCCAGCGAGAGCGAAGUUCCAGCAACCGUAGCUGGCAGUGUAAACGGGGAGUCCUCAAGGGAGGAAAUACAAGCCAUAAGCAAUGGACCCGUGUCCACAGAAGGACAGACAUCAAGCGUGAAUGGAGAGGCCAACAAGAGCUCGCCAGAGGGUUCAGCAGCUACGACCCCAGUGGCUUCCACCAGCAGGGAAGACGUGGUUCCCCCCAUGGGCACACAGAGCUCAGCUCCACCAGUUGGUAGCAGGACUAGAAGGAGAUCGAGCCACAGGAACAGUGCUGUCUGGCAGAAGCGGCAGGGACUCAGGGCUGCAGCGGCUGGCUUGCAUGUGACUAUCCCUGGUACAACGUCGGAGAGUUCAAGCACCGAUUCACCUACGACCCCUGUAUUGACCCCAGGUCAUCGAAACACCUACCAGAGAUACGUUCUUCCCGAGGAAGAGGAUCCGCUUCCAGACAAUUGGGAAGCGAGGAUAGACCAGUACGGCCGAGUAUUUUAUAUUGAUCAUCAGAGCAGAGCUACUACAUGGACCAAGCCAGGACGCAACCAGACUGGUAGACAUCCCAGGGAUACAAGGGCUUCAGAACAAAGCAGGCAACAGCUUGAUAGAAGGUAUCAGAGUAUCCGAAGAACCCUCCAAAGCAAUGACAGCGAUAGCCGGAGAAACAGCUCCGAAGGCCCUUCCCAGUCCAGUUCGUCAGAGAGUAUACCUCACAUUCAGAAUCCACGGAAUCAACAAUCUCUCAUGGAGUCGCCCGCAGUUCUCUUCAUCACCAGACCAGAUUUCUUCAACUUCCUGCAUUCAAACUCGGAUGCUAAAAACACAUUCCAGAAGAACUCGUCUGUCAAGCACAUGGUGAACCGAAUCAGGAGAGAUCCCGGAAAGUUUGCUGAUUAUCAGCACAAUCGUGAUCUGGUUGCACUCCUCAACUCCUUUGCCGAUCCUCGUGCCGAUCUUCCGAGGGGAUGGGAAACCAAGAAGGACAAGUCAGGCAAGGAUUUCUUCAUCGACCAUAGUAACCGUGCCACAAGUUUCAUUGACCCCCGUCUUCCUCUUAAUAUCGUGGAUACAUCAGGAGCCAUGUUGGUUCCCCCUAGAGGCAGGAUCAGGAGCCGCAGUGAAGGGGAAGAUGAAUUACAGAACAGUACCUAUGCAAUCCAAGCAGCCCACAAUGCCAGGGGAAGCAGGGGAUCAACAGGACCACCUCCCGUUGUACCAAGACCGGUGGAAACCCUUCGAGGAGGGUCAUCACGCUCUGAAGAAGUCCCCAUGGCUUACAACGAGAAGGUGGUAGCGUUUCUACGGCAACCAAACAUCAUGGACAUCUUGGUCGAGAGACAGCCUGGUCUUGGUGCUAAUCAGAAAUUAAAAGACAAGCUUGUUCAAAUAAGGAAAGAUGGUCUAGAAGCUCUUGAAAAUCUAUCAAAUGACAUGGAAUUAAUUAUGCUAUUAAGUUUAUUUGAGGAGAACAUUAUGAGCUAUAUGCCCAACCCUCAACAAGCCAAUGCCUUGAGAUCUACGUUAGCACAAGCAAUAUCACCACAGAACUCACCUCAACAUUCACCUCAUUCUUCUCCAGUUGUUGGGCGUGCCAAUGCCAGAGCACCCGCCCCGUACAAGCGAGACUUUGAUGCCAAGCUUAGAAACUUCUACCGAAAGUUAGAAGCCAAGGGCUUUGGUCAAGGCCCAACCAAGUUAAAAUUGACGAUCAGAAGAGAUCAUCUGUUAGAAGAUGCCUUUGGUAAGAUCAUGGCUAUCAACAAGAAGGACAUCCAGAAGUGCAAGCUCUUCAUCUGCUUCGCUGGAGAAGAAGGGUUGGAUUAUGGUGGUCCGUCAAGGGAAUUCUUCUUCCUUUUAUCGAGGGAGCUCUUCAACCCAUACUAUGGUUUGUUUGAGUACUCAGCCAUUGAUACCUACACUGUACAGAUCAGCCCGAUGUCGGCCUUUGUUGAUAAUUAUCUAGAAUGGUUCCGUUUCUGUGGUCGUGUAAUCGGGUUAGCGAUCAUCCACCACUUCCUCCUCGAUGCCUUCUUCACACGGCCGUUCUAUAAGGCCCUCUUGAGGCAGCUGUGUAGCUUGACCGACCUGGAGUCUCUGGACAGUGAGUUCUACCGUAGCCUUCUAUGGGUCAAGGAUAAUGACAUCACUGACCAGCUUGAUCUGACCUUCACAGCAGAUGAGGAGGUCUUUGGACAGCUAACAGAGAGAGAACUAAAGCCAAAUGGAUCAAACAUCGCAGUGACGGAGAAGAAUAAAAAGGAGUAUAUUGAGAAGAUGGUCAGGUGGCGUAUCGAGAGGGGGGUGGCGGAACAGACGGAGAGCCUUGUCAGAGGAUUCUAUGAGGUUGUUGAUUCCAGACUGGUAUCAGUGUUUGAUGCAAGGGAGUUAGAGUUGGUGAUUGCUGGUACGGCUGAAAUUGAUGUUGCUGACUGGAGGAGGAAUACAGAGUAUAGAGGAGGUUUCCACGAUAAGCAUCAUGUAGUCAAUUGGUUCUGGAUGGCGGUGGAGAGGUUUGACAAUGAGAGACGGCUUCGUCUGCUUCAGUUCGUCACGGGUACAUCCAGCAUUCCAUACGAGGGAUUUGCCGCCCUCCGUGGCAGCAACGGGCCAAGGAAAUUCUGCAUCGAAAAGUGGGGGAAGACUUCAUUCUUACCAAGAGCUCACACUUGUUUCAACCGACUGGACCUGCCUGCGUACCCAACCUACGCUGUGCUGAUGGAGAAACUGGUCAUUGCGGUGGAAGAGACAAGCACCUUUGGAAUCGAUUGAGGUGAUGAAGCGCACGUUUGAGACAAGUCUUGGAUAAUAACAUGGAAUGACCAAAUUUAGCAGAGCGAUCAGGAUGAAGAGAGAUGUAUGUUGUUUAAGUUGGAUGUGAAGAUGGUAGGUUGGUGAAGACAAGAAGGUUGGGAUGCCGUUGGUGCCAUUAACAAGUCUUUGAGGCUGAAGAUGAAUUUCUCAUUUCAGGCCCGACUGGAAAUGCCCAUCUUCAAGAGAUGAAAUUUGCCUGUUAUCCAUGUGGUUAUGACUUUCUUGCAUUUAGGUGGAACUGAAGAAACCUGUGAAAAUGCCCAUCUUCAAGAAUACCUUUAUCUGGGAUUUGUGUAGGUUUCAAUUACUUAUGAUUGAGUGGAGAUGAAGAAACCUGCAAAAAUGGCCAUCUUCAAGACGACCAUUGUAUGCCAUUCAUGUGAAUCUGGUUUGUUUGUAAUGGAGUUGAGAUAUGCAUCUGUUAUCUCCAGAGAGCUCCCAGAAGUUUUCCCUCCUUGUAUGUGUAAACCUCAUAGUUCAUGUACAAACCCGAUAGAACAAGUGAAUCUGUUGGCAUGGGGACAAGAACACUUUCUGAGGACAUCGGUCAAGAGAGGACAUGUUUCUUGGAAAGAUGGGUAUGAAGGAUGCAGGAGGAUAAAUAUUGUGUAAUACGCCUGUCCUUUGUCAUAUAUCCUCCUCAGUAUCCUAUACAGUAAUAAUAGAGAGGGUUAGAUGAUGGGCUGCCUGACAUGUCAGCUAUCUAUUUCAUUUUACCAAAGCUAUCCUACCUCUUCUGCAAUAUGAUAGGAUAUUGUGUAAGAAACAAAAUGAGGUUGAAUUGAUAUGGACUAUCAGAUAUCUCCAAGUUCAUCAGGUGCAAAGAAGAUCUAAUCCCACCAAGUUUUUGAAGUACAUGUAUCUCCCUUCAUUAUGGGUCGCCUAAACUAUGACAUCAUAAUAUUGUUCCCAUGGACUCCAUACAUGCAAUCUCGUGGAAUGUUCCCUACUCUGUAGUCUCUGUAUCAUCUCAUGGGGAAACUGUCUUUCAUCGACGGUAGGCUGUAAUACCUGGGCCCCGUCUUAUAAAGAGUUGCGAUUGAUCUGAUCAACCACAACAAUGGAAAGCCAGCAACAUCAACCUCUAAACUGCAUGUUUGUUCAAAAUAUUUUCCAGAUAUGAUGUAUAUUUUAUACAUUCAUUGCAUUCUUGAAAAUUUAGUGUGAUUCUCUUUAUUUACAAAGGACAUUGUGCAAAUUUCCUCUAGUAGAAAUUAUGACAGUGAUGGAUUUCCAUCUAGCUGAUGUUGAUCAGAUCAAUCGUAACUCUUUGUAAGACGGGGCCCAUGUACAUGUAGGUGUUUCAUGAAGCUGUUUUGUAAGUUACAAGCGAAUUUACGGACGACUGGUGACAUUUUCUUAGGAACUGAAAUCAAUGCCAUUGGAAAUCUGGUGUGUAUCAGUCACCACAAGAAAGGAUCAUGAGUCAUUCAUAAAGUCACUGGUAACUUACGAACAGCCUCAUGAAACUUUCACCAGUAUUAGAAAUGGAAGACCAGGGCCCAGUAGCAGAAAGUAGAGCAAUUGAUUUUACAAUUGAUUUGUAUAAGUGAUUGCAUGUAUUGAAUGAAAUCAAUCACAAAAAUCAUCCAUACGAUUAAUGCGUAAGAAUGAUUGCACCGUUGAUUUGUAUAAGGGAUUACAUGUAUUGAUCAAUGAAAUCAAUCACAAAAAUCAUCCAUACGAUUAAUGCAUAAAAUGAUUGCACAGUUUAUUUGUAUAUGUGAUUGUAUGUUAUGAUCAAUGCAAUCAAUUAGCCUUACGAUUAAUCCAUAGCUGUGUCACAGGGCCCUCAACUUACCAUGAAAUAUGAUCCUUUAUCAUUCAAUAUUAACUGUAUCAUUGGAAAGAAUAUAUAUCAAUCAGAAUGAUCUAACCAUCCUUGCUAUGCUGUGCAGCAUCAUAUUGCAAAUACCAACCAUUUCGGGACUGAGUAAUAAUGUUUUUGUUGAAAGUAAUAUACACCCAGGAACAUUUGUUCACCUGGAUUCCUAACAUUCUUUUAUUGUGAGAGUCACCGGGUGUAUAUUUCAUGACUAUAACCAACAAGCUCAAAAUCAAUGUCAUAUCCACAUAUCAUUAUCAGUCAUCACUCAUCAGUUAGUAAUAUCAGUCCAUUUGUAAUGUACCUGGCAGGAAUUGAUUUCUUGAAAUGCCUGUGCUCUGUAAAUGUCUGCUGGGCUAAAUCAAGGGAAGUGAUGUCCAAAGACCUUUGGAAGCACAUAGAGACAUUAGAUGAAUAUGCACUACGUGUAUGUGAUUUACAAGAAUUGAAUAUUUUUAUUAUCAUCAUCAUAAUAAUGAGCAAGAGAGGAAUCAUACAACACAUUUAAACCUUAAAACAAUUGUCUAUAUUGCAUGGCCAUUGGACAAUGCAUCAUCAGUUUCGGUUAAAGCUAUAGUUGUUAAUGCCAAGAUUACUUCCAUUUAUGGUAAUACAGAGGUAGAUACUAGAAAUCAGUUGGUGAACAAAUAAGUCUGAUGUUCUUUCGCUUUGACUAAAGCCAGCCGUCUCAUAUUGGCUGUUCUCCAUGGCCGGUUGUACCACGCUAAUCAGUGUUUAUUUGUCUUUCAUCAGUGUAUAUAAUGUUACAUUUUAGAAUUUAUUUUUGAAACUUUUUAUUCAAUUUUUGUUGUUGCUUUGGUAUGGUUUGAUUAUCCCACCAGUUAUUUUAUACAGCAUUAUAUACAGCAUGUUCUCCUUUGAUCAGUGUUAUGAUCUGUUGAUACAAGAAUUCACUCCUAUGAAUAUGCAGAGGGGAGUAUCGAUAUGCAAUCUCCUGAAAAUACAAAAAAAAAUAGUUCCAAAUAUAAUUGUAGCAAAGGGAAAGGACAUUAUUUCAAUGUUUUAUAGCAAUCUUUAACGAAUCUCUACAGUUCAUUUUGUCCAUCAUUCUUAAUUACCAUAUGGACCUAAUUGAUAAGAAUAUUCCUAUUG